UUGGAUCUGGGGUCUUUGAUAUCCAAUAAAGCAGCUGCUCCAUCUUUAGCAGACACUCUGACUAGCAUUGCAGUCAGCCCAGGGAGCUGUUUCUGCCCUUUCAGCAGUUUCCAAGGCACGGGAGUCAACCUGGAGGAGAGACACAGAGGGAGCUGGAGCCAUGUUAUCCUUCUGGAAGGUGAAAAAGAAGCAGUAUCAGGUCCCACCAGCAACGACCCCUCCACAGAAGAAGAUGAUGGGGAGCCCAAAGUCUGCCGUGUGUGUGGAGACAGAGCUACUGGUUACCACUUCAAUGUCAUGACCUGUGAAGGGUGCAAGGGAUUUUUCAGGCGAAUCGUGAAACGUAAUGUCCGGUUGAGAUGCCCCUUCCGGAAGGGCACUUGUGUAAUCACCCAGAAGACUCGGAAGCAGUGCCAGGCCUGCCGGCUUCGCAAGUGCCUGGAUAGCGGAAUGAGGAAGGAAAUGAUCAUGUCUGAUGCAGCAGUGGAACAGAGGAGAGCCCGGAUCAAGAGAAAUAAGAGAGAACAGUUGGGGAGUCAGGCUCUGGAAGUCAAGGAAUUAACAGAAGAGCAGCAAAUGAUCUUGGAGCUCCUGGAGGCUCAGAAGAAAACCUUUGACCCCACAUUCUCCCAUCUUAAGAAUAACUGGGGGCCUGAAGCACAGAGCAGUGACCCUAAGAUUCCCGAGUCCAUUGCCAGUUCAGAGGAAGAAGCUGCCAAGUGGAACAGUAUCACCAAAGGUCUCUGCCCUAUGUCUCUGCGGCUACAACAUGAAGAUGGCAGCAUUUGGAACUACAGAAACUCAGGAGACAGGUCAAGGGAAAUGAUAGCUUCCUUUUUGCCCCACGUGGCCAACACGUCAACCUACAUGUUUAAAGGCAUCAUCAAUUUUGCCAAAGUCAUCCCCUGCUUCCGAGAAUUGUCCAUUGAGGACCAGAUUUGUCUGUUGAAAGGGUCCAUGGUUGAGCUGUGCCUGCUGCGCUUCAACAGGGUGUUCAAUGCAGAGACUGCAACCUGGGAUUUCGGCCGAUUUUCCUACUACAUAGAUGAUCCGAAAGGGUUUUGGCAGUACUAUCAUACGGAUCCUGUAAUGAAAUUACACUACAUGAUGAAGAAGCUGCAGCUACGUGAUGAAGAGUAUGUGCUAAUUCAGGCCAUCUCCCUCUUCUCCCCAGAUCGACCAGGUGUGGUCGAGCAUUGUGUCGUGGAUCAGCUGCAGCAGAGAUUCACCAUGACACUGAAAGCCUACAUAGAAUGCAAGCGACCUCAGCCAGAGAACCGUUUUUUGUUUCUGAAGAUCAUAGCCAUUCUCACAGAGCUCCGAAGCGUCAAUGCCCAGCACACCAAGAAACUGCUCAAGAUUGAAGACCUCCAUCCCUUUGCCACCCCCCUUAUGCGGGAGUUAUUCAACAUAAUGGAUGAUAAGGCCACCGGCUGUUGACCUUUGUCUGGACAGAAAUCAGCAAGAGUCAAGAACACUCUGUGAUCUGACCUGCAGGGUCCAGCCUUAACCUCUUGGAUUUGUCCUAGAUCUUCAGUCCUUUCAGUACUCACUCCCAUCUGACUUUCCUGGAGAAAAGUGAUUGUUCUCUGAGGUACCUCCUCACACUUAUCAGAUUAGCUAAUAUGACAGAAAAGGAAAAUGAUAAAUGUUGGAGAAGAUGUGGGAAAACUG